AUGGCCUGCCUACUGGUGGGGGCUCUCCUUCUGGUAGCUCAAACGAGCUCGGUGCAACCUGGAAGUUCUCAGUGGAAAGAAGGAACACUGCUUCAGUCACUAAGAUACCAUGGCGGACUGGAAGGAAAUGAAACUGAAUACAGGUCACCACAGCCACAAAACUCCAUUACAAGCCAAAUGAUUCCACAAACCAUAAUUAUAGGUGUUCGCAAGGGAGGAACCAGGGCUCUUCUGGAGAUGUUGGACAUUCACCCAGAUAUCGUGGUUGCUGCUACUGAAGUCCACUUUUUUGACUGGGAUGAAAACUAUGUGAAAGGUUUAGAAUGGUACAGGAAGCUGAUGCCUUUCUCUUAUCCACACCAAACCACAAUAGAGAAAACCCCAGGCUAUUUCACAUCUAUUAAGGCUCCAAAAAGGAUCCAUGAUAUGAACAGUUCUACAAAGUUGCUAUUGAUUCUGAGAGACCCAACAGAGAGAGUGAUAUCGGACUACACUCAAGUCUACUACAAUCGGCUGGAAAACCACAAGCCUGUGCAACCCAUUGAAGAAAUGGUCAUUAAAAAUGGAGAACUCAAUACUAAAUACAAGGCCAUUCAGAGAAGUCUAUAUGACAUUCACAUGGGUAACUGGCUAAAAUAUUUCCCGCUGAACCAAAUACAUAUAGUUGAUGGUGGUGCUCUUAUUAAGAAUCCACUGGAAGAAUUGCAGAAAGUUGAAAUAUUUCUUAACAUUCCUGCUAAGAUAAUGACAUCAAAUUUCUACUUUAAUCAAACCAAGGGUUUCUAUUGUCUUCGAAGCGAUGGCAAAGAAAGAUGUUUACAUGAAUCCAAGGGUCGCCCCCAUCCAGUUGUGAAUAGUACUGUACUGAAGGAACUAAAUGCUUACUUUAGAGAACACAACGAGAGGUUUUUCAGGAUGGUCAAACAGUCUUUCGAUUGGCAUUAA